CCGGAAGUGGGUGUGGCACUUCCGGUGUCUCCCCUGGCCGCCAUGGCUUCCCUGACCCUGCAGGGCCUGCGGGACCUCAUGAAGGCCUUGCUCGACACCGCUGGGUUCGACCGGGUGCUGGAGAAGAUGACGGUCCUGUCCGCGAGCCCCGGGAAGGUGGUGUGCCAGAUGCAAGUGGGGGAAGAGCACGUCAACCGGGGCGGCACGCUGCACGGGGGGCUGACGGCCACCCUGGUCGACGUGGUGUCCACGGCCGCCCUGCUCCACACCGAAAGAGGAUCGCCGGGCGUCAGCGUCGACAUGAACAUCACGUACGUGUCCCCCGCCAAGAUCGGCGAGGAGAUCCUGAUCGCCGCUCACAUUCUGAAGCAAGGGAAAACCCUGGCCUUCGCCACCGUGGACGUGACCAACAAGACCACGGGCAAGCUGGUGGCCCAGGGCCGCCACACCAAGCACCUGGGAUCCUGAGGCCGCCGCCCAGAGGGAAACCCGUCGGGGCGGGACUCCGGGGAGAGACAUCCCCUCGGCGGCCGCCUGUCGAUCGCCGCCCGCAACGGUCCCUUGGGCGCGCCGGCCCACUGAGGGUGCGGUAAGGACGUCGUCGGCCCGCUGCCCCGGCGCCUCUCCCCGCCCGGGGAGCUCGGUGACCUCCUUCCUCGCCGAUCCGGUCCGGGGAAGCCGCGACGCCCUCCCCGGCCCCGCGGCCGGGAGCCCGUGCGUCCGCCCCGUCGCCCCGCUGGGUCCGUGCCCCGCCGGCAGUCGGGGACCGCCUUCUCACCGCCCGGCUCUCCCGUUUUCGCCCCCCCGCCCCCGAGCGCUCACUCUACGCGUUGUUCUGAACGUUGGGGUCUCCCUGGGCCCUGCCGGUUCUACCACGCGGCCGAUUAACUUUCACCUAAUUUAUUUAAAAUUUCCACGGUUUCCGAUUCCAACCGAAAGCUAGAUACAGAUUUGAAACAGGUAAGCGCUAGUUUUUACCCCCGAGGGAGUAGGCUUAUACAGAAUUACUCCAAUAAAAUACUCAAGCCUUGAGCGAAGCCUUCUUCAAAAACUA